GAAAUAGGUCAAAGGUGAAAUCCGGAUCAAGAUGGCGGCCUUCAUUCAACGAAUGAGCUGUCUCCUUGCUGUCUGGCUGGCCGUGGUCCUCAGUGGCAUCCAGGCAGUGGAUCGCAGCAACUUCAAGACCUGUAUCCAGAGUAGCUUCUGCAAGAGAAUGAGGGAUGUUGUCCCAGGCCAUUCCCCAUACCGGGCCUUGCUGGAAACACUUGAACUCAGCAACACACGGUUGACCCUGCAGCUCAUCAAUGACAACAACAAGGUCAGGCUGCUGUUGGAGCUCUACAGGCUACAGGGAAACAUGACUCGGCUGAAGAUCAACGAGCUGAAGCCCCUGAGACCUCGGUUCGAAGUGCCAGAUGUUCUCAUCGCCGACCCUCCUACUGAGCCCCUCUCAUUGGUCUCUCAGGACGAAGGCGGUGUGGUGCUGUCCCUGGGUGCGGACGCCCGCCACCUCGUGGUCAGCGCCCGGCCCUUUCGCCUGGACAUUGUGGAGGGCCCACAUGUCCUGCUUUCGGUGAACUCCCGCGGUCUGCUGGCCUUCGAGCACCAGCGCCCACGCAAGGACACCCUCUCUAAAAUAAGUAGCACAGUCGGUAGCAUGUGGGAUACUAUCAAGAACAUUUUUUCUAGUAGCAGCGAAAAUGACUCAGAGGAGGUAGAAGCUGAAGAGGAUGCAGAGGACCAGAAUUAUGAAAAGGAAGAGGACCAGGCUGAUAUGUGGGAAGAGACCUUCAAGUCCCACACAGACAGCAAACCGAACGGACCAACCGCCAUCAGUAUGGAUUUUUCUCUGCCUGGUGUGGAACACGUAUAUGGAAUUCCAGAACACGCAGAGAACCUCAGACUCAAAACCACAGAUGGGCACGACCCGUACAGGCUGUACAACCUGGACGUGUUCCAGUAUGAACUCUAUAACCCCAUGGCUCUGUACGGCUCCGUACCAGUACUGCUGUCACACAGCACCCAGAGGACCAUGGGCAUCUUCUGGCUCAAUGCGGCCGAGACAUGGGUGGACAUCAGUUCCAAAGCUGCGGAGAAUACGGACUCUGUCCAGGCCCCCAGCAAGGUGGCACAGACAGACGUCCGUUGGAUUUCAGAGAGUGGUAUCAUUGAUGUCUUCAUCAUGCUGGGACCCAAACCCACAGACGUUUUUGCGCAGUACGCCUCUCUGACAGGCACCCAGUCCUUUCCUCCACUCUUUGCUCUGGGGUACCACCAGUGUCGCUGGAACUAUAAGGACCAGGAGGAUGUGCGCAGUGUGGACCAAGGUUUUGACGACCAUGACAUCCCUUAUGACUUCAUCUGGCUGGACAUUGAGCACGCUGAUGGCAAGCGCUAUUUCACCUGGGAUCCAGCCCACUUCUCCCAGCCCCGAGAAAUGCUGCAGGGCCUUGUAGACAAGAGGCGCAAGAUGGUGGCUAUUGUAGACCCCCACAUUAAAGUCGACAGUGGAUAUAGGGUCCACAAGGAGAUUCGCUCCAAAAACCUCUAUGUGAAAAACAAGGAUGGUGGUGACUAUGAAGGCUGGUGCUGGCCUGGAACCUCCGGCUACCCAGACUUUACAAACCCAGAGAUGAGAAGCUGGUGGGCCAGCAUGUUUGCUUACGACCAGUAUGAGGGCUCAAUGGAAAAUCUGUACAUAUGGAAUGACAUGAAUGAGCCCUCUGUCUUCAAUGGUCCUGAGGUCACAAUGCACAAGGAUGCACUCCAUGGGUCCUGGGAGCACCGGGACAUCCACAAUCUCUACGGCCUCUACGUGCAAAUGGCAACAGCGGACGGCCUGAUCCAGCGCUCAGGAGGUGUGGAGAGACCCUUUGUUCUCGCCAGGGCCUUUUUCGCUGGAUCUCAGCGCUAUGGUGCUGUGUGGACAGGAGACAAUGCUGCUGAGUGGAGCCACCUGAAGAUCUCCAUCCCUAUGUGCCUCAGCCUGGGGCUGGUUGGCAUCUCCUUUUGCGGUGCUGAUGUGGGUGGUUUUUUCAAGUCCCCCAGCUCAGAACUGCUGGUGCGAUGGUACCAGACAGGGGCAUACCAGCCCUUUUUUCGAGCCCAUGCACACCUGGACACCCCACGGCGCGAGCCCUGGCUGUUUGGGCCAGAGAACACAGCACUGAUUCGCGAGGCAGUGCGUCAGCGCUAUGCACUGCUUCCCUACUGGUAUCUGCUGUUCUACAAAGCCCAUGGCACUGGACAGCCUGUCAUGAGGCCUCUGUGGGUGGAGUACCCUGAAGAUGUCACCACCUUUACCAUUGACGAUGAGUACUUGCUGGGGAGGGAUCUGCUGGUUCAUCCCGUGACUGAUGAGGGGUCUAAAGAAGUCACUGUGUACCUGCCUGGGACUGGAGGGGUUUGGUAUGACGCUUUCACAUUCCAGAGACACGAAGGGGGUCAGAAUCUGUAUGUCCCAGUCACCAUGAGCUCUAUCCCAGUGUUCCAGCGAGGAGGCUCCAUCAUUCCCAGGAAGAACCGCAUUCGACGGUCAUCCUCCUGCAUGGAGAAGGACCCAUACACUCUGUAUGUGGCCUUGAGCCCACAGGGUACAGCUGAGGGUGAGCUCUACAUCGAUGAUGGUCACACUUUUAACUAUGAGCAGAAAAAGCAAUUCGUUCAUAGACGCUUCAUCUUUGCUGACUCUACCCUCUCCUCCAGCAACAUCUCACCUGACUCUCAGUUCUCCACGGCUUCCUGGGUGGAGAGAGUGCUCAUCCUGGGGGCUCACAAGCCAAGUUCAGUUACACUGAAGACAUCAGGUGGCAGUGUGGCUUCAUUGGAGUUCGACUUUGACGAGGCCACAUCAGUGUUGACAGUUCAUAAGCCAGGCGUGAAUGCUGGGGCUGACUGGACCCUGUUGUUCCAAUGGUGAACCAGAGGAGCAUGAACACAGACUAGACAGUACUGCUGUCAAUGUGCGUGUUACGUGUGACACAUUCAGGCAUUUCAGACACACACACACACACACACACACACACACACCCAAAAAGUAACAGUGUUGGCACUUUGUGAUAUACACACUAGACCUACAGUUGGACUACUUCAUACAGACAAAGAUUGGCUACACUUGGCUGUAGCACUGCUAGAUCAGGGGUCCCAAACUCAGGCCCUCGAGGAUUUCCGUCCCGCAGGUUUUAGAAAAUCUGCAGUCAGUGUUUACUUGUUGCUGAUUUUACAUACAGUGCAGAAUGCUUAUUACAUAGUGACUGGAAGCAGACAAUGUAGACCACAUUUUAAAGACUGUUUAGAGUGAAUGUCCAAAAAUAGUGGAAAGAUCAAAUCCCAUGCAGUUCUUAAUAUGGGACACCCCCAACACCACGCAUUAAUCUCGUUUACACAAAUUAAAUAUUGUUUCUACAUCUGAUUUUAUAUACAUAUAUAUAUAUAUAUAUAUAGAGCGAUAUCACGGAACACGUAUUAAGCACUAUCAGGAAGAUGUUAUGUAUCACACAUUAAUGAAUACCGUCUUUAAGUUUGAGGCCUUGGGGGAUGUGAUCCUAUUGCAGUUUAAAUAAAUUAGUGAUUGACACAGUUACUUUUAUGUGGUCUGCACUGUAGUUUCUUGAAUGAAGACCCAAAGUUAAGUAAGAAUAAGCAAACCCUACAGCUAUCAGGACCAGAGUUGGGAAGUCCUGUUUCUCUCUCUCAUUCACACAUACACACACACACACUCUGACUGACUGACUGACAGAUGGUGCAAUCUGUGAGACUGGGUUUCAGGACAGAACCAAGGCAGCCAACUAUACAGACACAGCAUGAAACGACAGCAAGAAAUGGUGCACUAAUUAAAGCAAUUAAUGGGUGGCAGUGCAGCAGAGUAUAGUCAGGAGAUUUGUGGAAAAUUUUUAUUAGCAGAAAUCCGUUGUCAAUUGUACUUUAAUUUUUUCUACUUUGUUCUGUUUGUUCCUGGGAUUACACAAUUAAGUCACAAUGACGGACUUUCUGUUUCUUUCUCUAAUUUGCAUUUUUUUCAAAAGUGAAUGAAUAACAAACUUGAGGAGGACACAAACAAUCCAAAAAUUAAUAAAAGUUGCUCACCAAAAAUAAUGUUUUAAUUCUGAACUAUUGAAAUUUUUGGGGGGUUUAUGAUUUCAUCAUAUUAAAACAAAAAUGUCAACUUAAAAAUCCAGUUUUAAUAAGUGUUUAUUAAUACCUUAAUCACAUGCAGCAGAUACUAAAAUCUGAAAGUUCAGUAUUGUACAGUGGUGCAUCACUUGACAUGAGCACUUUUCCCUGUAUCUGUAAAAAUGGAAAAAAAAUACUGAGCCUGAUUAUUGGAAAAAACUGUAAAAUUGGGGCUGUUACGAGUCAACUGGGAGUUUAGAUUAGAACCAGAUAUGAAGUAAAAUUUUCACCCUUUCUUCCAUCUUAAAUACAUCUUGGUCUGGGUGUCCUUUAAUGUAGUGUUUCAGGUCCACUUAUUUUAAAUACAAAAUUAUUAUGAGUAAGGCUCUUUGUGUUCUGAUUACCUCAAAAAUGUCCAGAGAUACACUGGUAAUCAUAGCUUUAUUAAUAAUGUGAAUAACCUGCCUUCUUAAGCCUUGUUUUCAAUUCAAGUUGUCUGAUAUCAUUUUUACAGACAAACCUGAAGGAACAGGUAUUCUGCAGUUAUUUUAAAUCAGUGUUAUCUAGAAUAAAAACAUUGGUGUUUUCAGUUGUACAAAAAGGGUUUCACUUUAAAUUUUUGUUGUGCUUGAGGGAAGAAAAUGAAUGUAUUGUGUUUAUCUUGAGUGAAUUAAUGGAUUCCUGAGGACUGGUGAAUGGGACUUGGCUGAUAUUAUUUACGUUCCUAAAUUAAAACCCUUGCCAAAAAUGUUUAACCUAAAACAAAGGCAUAGACUAAAGAAGGUGAAAAUAAAAUGAAUAC